AUGUCAAUAAAGCCAACGGUUGCAUUCAGGGCUGUACUUGUUGGAGGAAUAGCAGUGUUCGCAAAAGUAGCUGGUGCAAUGAAGGCAGCCGGUGGUGCAAAGCUUGGUGCUGCUGCAACGGCCAUGACCAUGGCAGCUUCAGCAGCUAUGUCUAGUUCAAAGAAGGAAGAGUCUGAGCCUUCCAAAUGA